GCUACAGAAGGCGGGAUGUUUUUUUUCUUUAAAAAAAGAAAAAUCGUGUUGAUCAGUUUUGACUGUGUUCGAUUGUAACAUAUAAGGUAUCCAUAAAGGUGCGUUUGUCAUUGUGUCCAUUAUGGAUAGAGCAAUAUCUUCAAAAAUACCAAGAGUAGUGCACUUACCUGCAGAAACAAAGAAAACAAGUCAUAAACCUGAAUCCAAAGACACAGCAACUGUUUCUGCAACAGUAAAUGCUGCCCAAAAAUCUGAUGGCAUCCUGAGAACUCAAAAAGAAAAUGUACCAAGAAAAAAUAAAGGUCCUAAAGUUCACAAAGGCGUGUCAACCAGGUAUGGGCAACAGGCAGAGCUCAAAGAGCAAAAUCAGUAUUUGAUGGCUGCCAAUGAGGAGCUGCAGAAAAACCUCACAGAGACACAGGAAAGAGUAGCUGAGAUGGAGCUGCAGUUCAGGGACCUUGAAAAAGAGAAUGCAGAGGCACAGAAAAAUCUGAGGAACUGUCAUGUUCUCCUAGUUGCUGCGAAAAUAGACCCAGUUUUAGGAGGAGAGGUUGGAGAAGCUGCACAACAAAAUGAAGAUCAAAGGAAAGCAGCUAUGAGCGUUUCCUCUGACCUGCUGCAUGAAUUAAAGACCUUUGGUGAUACUGCAUCACAGCAACGUGUUCGCCUAGAGGAAAUCCAAGCAACAAUGAAAGACCUCACUAAAGCACGGGAACAUAUGAUACAGGAAAGGGAAAACUUUUCUAUGGAGGCUGCUGAAAUGGAAAAAGCUCUGAAGGAAGCAGAAGCUCUCUUACUGUAAAGGUGUACGAUAAUUUGCCAGUUUAAAAAUAUUGGUGUAUAAUGUGUGUUGUUUCAAUGUCGGUGUGACUGAAACUGAAUAAAGGAUUCUUAUUU